AUGCGGAUGUUUAGAUUUCGAAAGUUGGUUGACCUGAAGGUUCAGUGCAGCGGCAUGACGGAGGACGAAGGAGACCGCAUCAAAGGGAAAAUGCAGGAGUUUUUACCGAUCAAACGUUUUGCUUCCUGCAACGAAGAGCUGGAAGAAGGCGAGGAUGAAGAGUACUUCGAAGAUCCAACGUGCAGGGUGUUACCAGCGCCGGAGGAUCAGCAAUUGCUUGCCCACAUGAACUGCCUGGAAGAAGAGCCUCAGAUGACCGUCGAGCUGAGCUGGAUCAAGUUGUCGGACUGCGAGCUGCGCGUGGAGGUGCUGGCACGCGUCCCUGCAGAUUACAAAUGCCCCUACUUAAAGGAUCAUGGGACUUAG